UUUUUUUUUUUGUUUUUUUUUUUUUUUUUGCCGGAGUCGAGCGGGUGCUGCUAGCGGAGGCGCCAUAUUGGAAGGGACAAAACUCCGGCGACAGCGAGUGACACAAAUAAACCCCUGGACCCCCUCGUUCCCCCAGCUCUAAGGGCCGCGAUGUUGUACCUAGAAGACUAUCUGGAAAUGAUUGAGCAGCUUCCCAUGGACCUGCGGGACCGCUUCACCGAGAUGCGCGAGAUGGAUCUGCAGGUGCAAAAUGCAAUGGAUCAACUAGAACAAAGAGUCAGCGAAUUCUUUAUAAAUGCAAAGAAAAAUAAACCUGAGUGGAGGGAAGAACAAAUGGCAUCCAUCAAAAAAGACUACUAUAAAGCUUUGGAAGAUGCUGAUGAGAAGGUACAGUUGGCAAACCAGAUAUAUGACUUGGUAGAUCGACACUUGAGAAAGCUGGAUCAGGAACUGGCUAAAUUUAAAAUGGAGCUGGAAGCUGAUAAUGCUGGAAUAACAGAAAUAUUAGAGAGGCGAUCUUUGGAAUUAGAUACUCCUUCACAACCAGUGAACAAUCACCAUGCUCAUUCGCAUACUCCAGUGGAAAAAAGGAAAUAUAAUCCAACUUCUCACCAUACCACAACAGACCAUAUUCCUGAAAAGAAGUUUAAAUCUGAAGCUCUUCUGUCUACCCUCACAUCAGAUGCCUCUAAGGAGAAUACGCUAGGUUGUCGAAAUAAUAAUUCCACGGCCUCUUCUAACAAUGCUUACAAUGUGAACUCCUCCCAGCCUCUGGCAUCCUACAACAUUGGCUCACUGUCGUCAGGAACUGGUGCAGGGGCAAUUACCAUGGCAGCAGCUCAAGCAGUUCAGGCCACAGCUCAGAUGAAAGAGGGACGAAGAACAUCAAGUUUAAAAGCCAGUUAUGAAGCAUUUAAGAAUAAUGACUUUCAGCUGGGAAAAGAGUUUUCGAUGCCCAGGGAAACAGCUGGCUAUUCAUCCUCCUCUUCAGCACUUAUGACAACAUUAACACAGAAUGCCAGUUCAUCAGCAGCCGACUCACGGAGUGGUCGAAAGAGCAAAAAUAACAACAAGUCUUCAAGCCAGCAGUCAUCAUCUUCCUCCUCCUCCUCUUCUCUAUCAUCAUGUUCAUCAUCAUCAACUGUUGUACAAGAGAUCGCUCAACAAACAACAGUUGUCCCAGAAUCUGAUUCAAACAGUCAGGUUGAUUGGACUUAUGACCCAAAUGAACCUCGAUAUUGCAUUUGUAAUCAGGUAUCUUAUGGUGAGAUGGUGGGAUGUGAUAACCAAGAUUGCCCGAUAGAAUGGUUCCAUUAUGGCUGUGUUGGACUGACGGAAGCACCCAAAGGCAAAUGGUACUGUCCACAGUGCACGGCCGCAAUGAAGAGGAGAGGCAGCAGGCACAAAUAAAGGCAGCUCUUUCAUCUGAGAAAGAAAAAUAUCUCAGCUAAACAUUUUAUAUAGGACUUUAGAAAGAAGAGAAGAAAAAGAAGAAACAACACAUUUCCAGGCAACCACUUAAAGGAUUCACAUAGACAAUCCUAUAAGAUCUUGAACUUGAAUUUUAUGGGUUGUAUUUUAAUAAUGUAAGUAAAUUAUUUAUGCACUCCUGGUGUGCUAUGAAUAUUAUUCCAGUUAGCCUUGGAUUAUUUCAGUGGCCAACAUAUGCAGACAUUUGUACUCCUCAACCAUUUUCUUGAAGUAAUGGGCAUUCUGUAAUUUAGACUUCAAAGAAUUCCAGCGAUGAAGAUUUUAAGGAAAGUAUUUUAUAUUCAACAGGUAUAUUCUGCUGCAUGUACUGUACUCCAGAGCUGUUAUGUAAUACUGUAUAUAAAUGGUUGCAAAAAAAAAAAGUCAGUGCUUCUAAAAAGAAUUUAAGAUAAUGGUUUUUAAAAUGCCUUUAUAAUAAGCUUUGUUUCUUUGUGAAACUAAUUCAGCAGGCUGAAGGAAAUGGUUCAUGUGAUAAAGUGGGCUGGUGUCCUCUAGAGUACCUGGGUACAUAAACAGAAACUCCUGUAGGUAAAAACUAAUUUGUGCCAUUAGUCUUUAUAUGUUUCUGCAUCCAGAUAGAGUGCAGUUCAUGGGGGUGGGGGUGGGGGGCCCAGGGGGAAAGGGUGUUAAAGUGAUACAUUUUUAUACCAAAUGUGUUUAUUUUUUUGUGCAAGUAAUCCUUAAAAUUGGAAUUGUAUUAGGUGUUAAAAUAAAGUUUUUAAAAAAUUA